AUGGCGCUCUUCCGCCAGAUGCAGCUCGAAGGGAUAGCUCCCGACCGCCGGAUGUUCGUGGCGCUCGGGAAUGCGGCCGCGGCAGCCCGGGAUUUGGAGCAGGGCCGGGUAAUCCACAGGUGUGCGCAGGAAUCCGGGUAUUGCCGCGAUUCACAGCUCGCGACGGCGAUCCUUAACAUGUAUGGCAAAUGCGGUGAUAUUCGCAGCGCGCGCGUUGUGUUCGAUGCAAUCGCGGCGCCCGGCGUGGUUGCCUGGACCGCUCUCAUCUCCGCGCACUCGGAAUCCAGGGAAAUAUCGCCCGGCAGUAGCGAAGGAGCGAUCCUUCUCUUUCGAUCGAUGCAGCUCCAGGGAGUAGCGCCGAAUGCCGUGACAUUCCUGGCUGCUCUGUCCAACUGCAACGAUCUCCGCCUUGGGAUAUGGAUCCACUCCCUCUACGACGACUCAAGAUCAAGAACAGGGAUCGAGCUGGAGGAAAUCGACGUCGUAGUGGGCACCGCGCUUGUGGCGAUGUAUGGAAGGGUUGGUUCCUUGAGAAGCGCCUCGAACGUCUUCCUGGUCAUGCCCGAGAAGAACACUGUCACUUGGAACACUAUGAUCGCAGCAUAUGCCCAAAAUGGGCAUCACAAAGAGGCACUUGGAGUUUACUGGAGAAUGCUCCUCGAUGGACAGCACAGGCCGAGCAAAGUUACUUUCCUGGGUGUCUUCCAGGCCUGUCAAUCUCCCCAGUUUCUCAUUCACGGCAGGUCGAUCCACUCCCAGUCGACCGAAAAGGGAUUGAGCCACGACACCGCAGUCGCCACUACCAUCGUCAGCAUGUAUGGAAAAUGUGGGAACUUGGAUGGCGCUCGAGAAGUCUUUGCUGGAAUCCAGAACAGGGACUCCGCUUGCUGGACAGCGAUGAUCGGUGCCUGUGCAGACAAUGGUGACUCGGCUUCCAGCGUGAUGCUCUUCAGGAAGAUGGAGCAUGAAGGAAAUCCCGUGAGGAAAGUCACUCUUGUGGCUCUUCUCAACGCUUGUGCUGCCGACUCAUCGUUCCUGGAAACACCUUGGUGGCGAAUGCGUUGCUGA